AUGGCAGCACCGCCCUUUCCGGGGGUUCGGCCCCGGGCGAGGCGCGCCGUUACAGCCGCUGGUGAUUCCGUUGACCCUGCCUUGGAUAGCAGACCUCCUUUUGUGACCGAGCCCUCGGCCUCGCACACUCAAGGCUGGCCUGCAACUGCUGUAGCAUCUGCCACGACGUUUGUCAAAGCCCCACCCGCUUCCCACAAUGCCGCAGCCACCCCACACCGUGCGAGUUGGCUGCAUCGUCGCCUUGACCGUCACCACCACCACCACCACCACGAUGCCUUUAGUCAUCGUCCCUCGUCUCGCUCAUCAGCUUCACCGCCCAUCCUCGCGCCCGCUUCCGUCAUUCGCAUGCAUCCAUCAUCUCAUCCAGUCAAUCCCACCACCGUUCGCAUUCACCGUUACCGGUCCGACCGCGACUCCGACUCGGAUUCUGACCUUGAGCGCGGCGCCACCUCCACCUCGCAUCCAGCUGCUGACCGCUGUGCAUCCUCAAGCACGAGUGUCUCUUCCUGCCUUCCACCCUCACGUUCAGCUGCGGGUCGUCGCCGCCGAAAGGUACGGGCAUCGGCGAGUCACUCUCCCGGUGCGCACAACCGUUCUAGCCCGCCACAAGUUGAAGACUGGUGCCAGAGUCACGACAAGACCCACCAUAACCACGGGGUCUCAGUGGCCAACCAACUACCGCGGCCCACGGUGACCUUGCAGCCUGCAGCCGUCUCGCCCAUUCCCGGUCGAGAGCCGGCCGCCCCUGCCACUGCCCCUCUGCAGCCGCGUGCCAGUCGCCGCUGCGGCCUAGACGCGCACCACUGCACCGCCAGCCCUAGCCUCCCGGCUGCUUGUAAACCAUCCGUCGACAGCGCCCCACUUCCAUCACCCCCGACCAUGGCUAACCGAGACGCUAUUUACGACUCGCACAACGCUCUUCCGCGUCCACAGUCGGCAGCCGCGCCGCUGGGCCCAGGCGCUAUCAUGGCACAUCGUGACGGCACCAGCGUCUCACCUCCAUCCUCAGCGCGCCUCAGCCGCCGUUGUAGUAGCAAAGCUGGCCUUGGCGCUAUCGCGGAAACGGGCCGCGCCCGCUCGGCGUUUGUCAGUGGCUCGCGGCGUACCAGUACUGCUAGCCUGGAGGUCAGCCUUCACCACAUUUGUUUGCGGCGCAACCACAAGCGAUUUGGCCUCGGCGUCAAAACAUAUGGUAGUGGCGAAGAGACGCAGCAUUGUCUGCAGAUUGAUCCUGACGUGGACCUGCAGCUCAUCUGUGGCUCUCACCAGCCCCAUAACGGCGAUGUCUUGGUGACCCUCAACGGCGAGAACGUCGAACAGCUCUCCCACGAUGUGGUUGUUCGCAUGCUCAAGCACUCGGAACACGUCCUACAUUUGACCGUUCGACCAGCUAGCUCAACUGCCCUCCCUCCCAACGGUCCGCGCGCCAUUUCACGGCGCGCCUCAGCCGUCCUGUUGGAAUCCGUCUCCUCGCCAACCUUGCUGCCGGUCGUUGCCACCCCUACAUCGGGCUCGCCGCCCUCGACGCCCUCAACUGCCUCGCAUGCGGCUCUCUUGAAUCCAGACACGAGGUCCCAUCCCGCUCCCUCGAACUCGGAGACUACUCGCCGUGAGAGUUUGUCCAAUAGCGGCACUCCGCCUCUACCCGAGUCACGCCGCCCUGUGCGCGAAGCUGUCUUCAGUGUCGCCACCACUGGCGCUGGUGCUGCCAUCUUUCGCAUGCGCGGCGCUCAGCUCCCCGACACACUCUCGGCUCGCUUGCAGCACUUGCUCAAACAGGUCAACGUUUUGCGCACUUGUGCCAGCCGCUAUCACGCCAUGCGCCGUGUCCACGAGUUCUACCUUACACGCGACUUUCAGCAUCCCCUCUUUCUCUUGGCCUUUGUGCGCUUUGUCCAAUGUCUGGCCCUUGAGGGACUGAGCCCCAUCGUGCCCAUGAACAUCCAGAGCGCAUUUGCCCGAAACCCGACUCCUUUGGAUGCUGGAUUUGUCCCACCCGUCUCCAUCCUUAAGCAGCCCCGCCCUGCCGCCGCCCGGUACGUCUCUUGA